UGCGCGGCACGCCAGGCAGCCCCCUAUUAUUAUUUGUAAGAAUAAUUUCACUUAUGAAAAUGGCGGCGAGUCAGGGAGCUGUUGGACCUGCGACGGCUCUCCAGGGCCAGCAUUAUCUUAAUGUCGCGCACUGGAACCCAGGCGUGAUGCAGCAGCAGCAGCUACACCCGCUGCACACCGCCCGCAGUCUGGAACGAGCGCUGGAAGAUGCCGUCUGCUCCGGGAUGCUCAAUAUCAGCGGAAGAAAACUGCGCGACUAUCCGGGGCUCAACUACGAUCUGACCGAUACUACACAAGCAGACUUGUCGAAAAACUGUUUUGGUGAAGUCCCUCCAGAAGUUUGUAUGUUUUCGCCGCUGGAAUCAUUAAACCUCUACCACAACUGCAUAAAGGUUGUUCCAGAGGCCAUUAUCAACCUACAGAUGCUCACCUACCUGAACAUCAGUCGAAAUCAGCUGUCCGUUCUGCCCAAGUUUCUCUUCAAUCUUCCUCUGAAAGUGCUGGUGGUCAGCAACAAUAAACUUUUGUCUAUUCCAGAGGAGAUCGGAAAGGCCAAAGACCUCAUGGAACUGGACAUCAGCUGUAAUGAGAUCCAGGUGCUUCCUACUCAAAUGGGGAAACUCCUUGCGUUACGUGAACUCAACAUACGAAGAAACUGUCUACAAGUGUUACCAGAUGAGUUGUCCGAUCUGCCACUGAUUAGGUUGGAUUUCUCCUGUAAUAAAAUCACUGAGAUUCCCAUAUCUUAUCGCAAACUUAAGCAGUUACAGCACAUCGUUCUUGACAACAACCCCAUGCAGUCUCCUCCUGCCCAGAUCUGCCUAAAGGGAAAGAUCCACAUCUUUAAGUAUUUAAACCUGCAGGCAUGCCGCUUGGAUAAAAAAACAGACACACUUGACCUGCCUUCUCUGGGAAAACGCUGCUUGCCUCAGCAGCUGACAGACAGUAUGGAAGAUUUCUAUCCCAUUAAAAACCAUGGCCCUGACUCAGGUAUUGGCAGUGACAACGGUGACAAAAGACUGUCGGCUACAGAGCCAUCUGAUGAUGACACCAUGAGUCUCCACUCUCAAGUGUCUGAGACGGUGCGGGCUGACGCAAACAUACUUCUCACAAAGUCGGACUCAAACAAAGAUCAGGACCCAUAUGACUUUAUUGACCCAAAUCCAGAUGAAGAGGCCACUCUGUCUGAGGGAGAUCUACAGCACAAUGCACCCUAUGUGUCAUGUAUAAAGGAGCUGGAGCGAGUUCUGAAAACGCAUCAAAGCAAAGACAAAGACAAUUGGAAAGAGGAGUCAGGCUCAGAGAAAGAGCAGUUAGCCGAAGAAGACGAGGAUGACUUAAAGGAAGUGUUGGAUCUGAGGAAGAUCGCAGUACAGCUGCUUCAACAAGAGCAACAGAACAGGAGGCGAUCCCUAAUUUGUAGGGCAGAGAGUCUAAUACACCGUAGAAGAGUCACGGGGAGAGCUCACAGGUUCCUCAGCCACUCAGGAAGCAGCACCAAACAAAGAACUCCAUCUCAGACUGUUAGAAGUGCAUCAUUAGAUGAAGGAAGCAGCUCAGCCUCCGCCUUCAGUGGACAGGUACCAGAAACUGAUCUCACUGGUGAAGAUGCAGCUUUCUCUGAGCCUUCUUCAUCUUGCUCGUUUGAUGGAAGUUUAAAAUCAGAGAGCAGUGACUCAGAGCCAAGAUGGCCGGAGGUCCCACCUGUGCUCAACCAGAAUGAGGAUCGGAGAAGAAACAAGUACCUGAGAAAAGAUUACCUGAAGUAUAAGUGCCAAAGUGCUCGAAGAAACUCCUGUGGCAACGACAAUGAUUGUGAGGAGGUAAUGCGAUCUAAUGAUUUUACUUCAACUCUGACUGUCUUUGGCCUGAAACCCAGAUCAGCCUUCUCCCGUGGAAAUCAAAAAGACUUAAGCUCCACAGACCCAAGCUUCACCAUGAGGAGAAAGAUGGAGCACAUCAGGGAGGAGAUGGAGCAGAUCAGACUCUUGCGGCAGAACCUCGAGUCGAGGCUAAAGGUGUUGUUGCCAGAUGAUGUGGGUGCUGCUUUGAUGGAUGGUGUUGUUUUAUGCCAUCUGGCUAAUCACAUUCGUCCUCGUUCUGUAGCUAGCAUUCAUGUACCAUCCCCUGCUGUGCCAAAGCUGAGUAUGGCCAAGUGUCGUCGGAAUGUUGAGAAUUUCUUGGAUGCAUGUAAAAAGCUUGGAGUGCCACAGGACAAGUUGUGUUUGCCGCAUCACAUCCUGGAGGAGCGAGGUCUGGUAAAGGUUGGUGUCACUGUACAGGCACUGCUGGAACUUCCAUCAUCAAAACCCAACCAACUUUCUACCAUGUAGCAUUUCUGGGUCAUGGGACAUCCACUAGCAUCCCUUUACACUGCCUUACCACCUCAUCCUCACUCUCAAUGCUGAUCUUUGACCUACUCUGGGCAGGUCACGACCCUUAAAUCUUUACAACUGUGGUGAACAGGCCAGGUUCCCCUACCUCUUAUACGCCUCUAUGGAGGGGUCUAGACAUUUUAAAGCUCCAAUGUUGUGCGCUAUUUGAGGGAAACUGUAAUUCCUAAAUCCACCCAUUUCAUUCUGAGGGGAAAUACCUGUGUCUAUUCCACAACUGGGAAUGCAGACUCUCCCGUCUCAAUGCUGGACACCUCUGUCUCCUAUCAUUUGUAUCUCCUUCUCAUCGGUCUCAUGUUCACUCUUCUCUUGGACCAGUGAGCCCUCAGAGGGCGAGGACAGGAGAAAAGCCCACAGCUUUCUGGCUGAUUCUGGACCAGAGGGUAGAUUUUAUAUCAAUGUCACUUCAGCCCUCUCCUGUAUGAAGUCACUAAGAGCUGUCUAACAUCUUGUUGCAUUCCUGUCUCUUUGAAGAAAUAAGAGGGGCAGAGACAGCAUUGAUGUGCAUGUAAUAACAACAAGACCAGCACCGAUGACAUCUGGAAAAGACAGACAAAGGUGUUGCCAUAAAUGUUGAUGUGUUGUAGUCAGGUGAGUCACUGGCAGGGUAUAGAAAGUAAUCAUAUCUUUCUGCAUUCCUGGAUGGUUUUAAUAGUGAAGAUACUGCUCACGUGCCCGUACAAGACAAAGGCUGUUUUGUGUUCUUUUACAUUACAUGCCGGUGUUGCCAAAUGUUUGUUUUUCUUGACCGUUUUUCUCACAGGUUGUUUUUUUUUGUGCUUUACUUCUCAAAGCCUGCGUGUGCCGGGAAAUCACAACAUCAUGAAGUUUCACACGUGCCAGUGUUAUUGCAUUGUGCGAAAUUUAGCUUGUUGUGCAGGUCUGGGCAUGGACGUAAAGUUUCAGCACCAAAAAUAGGUCACAUAAAACAUUUCUAAACCUAAAGAGUAAGAACAGUCCAUUGAGUAAACAUGGGCAUUUGAUUGUUUGAUUAAAUUCAUAAUCCGCUAAAGACUCUUUCUUGGAAAAGCAAAUCAGAAGAGUCUUUGAUAUUUGUACUGAAUUAUGUUUAGUAAAGGAUUGAUGCGAAAGCUGUUCAUUCACCAUAGUAAACUGAGAAGGUUUAUAGAAACUUUUCAAUAUGUACAAAUAGUUUUAAUUUGUUUUAUCAGGGAAUUUAUUUAUUUACCCUUGUGUACUUUUGUAUGUUUUAUUUAUUUCUUUGAGUUCUAUUUACUUCUUUAUCAGCCUCUGAAAAACAUUAAUUGUAUUGUCAAAUUAUUUUAGCAAUACUGUUCAGAAAUUCUUCAUAAUAAAUUCUGAAAUUCAUAAUAAUUUUCAAAAUUGGAGCAGACAUCUUAACAGGUUUUUAGCUUUGGAAUUCGCUUGCAAUCACUUUCUGUAUGACUCUGCGUUUACAUGCACACCAGAAAGCCGGUUAUUGAGAGGAAGCCUAGUUUUUAGAAGAACAGAAGUUAAAUCGGUGUUCACAUUUACAUGUCCUGUAGUGCAGACUGUACACGUGGUGCAUCAGCAACUGCUCUCUCCACACAUUUACUUUACUUUAUUAGACUCUAGUCAGGAUAGCGUCAUAUUUAAUUUUUAAAAGGAAUGAAAACAAGGCUCUGAGGGAUAGAACUUCAGUGCAUUCAAUGGGUUGUGCUGUUGUUUGAAAGAAUAAUUCACACAAAAAUGAAAAUUACUUAAUUAAUUAUUUAACCUAAUGUACCCUAACCCCAUAGGACCUGUUCAUCUUCAGAACACAAAUUAAGAUAUUUUUGAUGAAAUCCGAGAGCUUUCUGUCCCUGCAUAGACAUUAACUACAUUCAAGACCCAGAAAGAUUGUUAAAAUAGUCCAUGUGGCAUCAGUGGUUCAAUCAUAACUUUAACCGCAAGCUACGGUGAUACUUUUGUGCACACACAAGUAAACAAAAGUAACAACUUUAUUUAACAGCUCCUCUGUGUCAAGUUUUGAUGGACAUUUAACAAUAUACUGAUUGUUCAGCUGAUGAUAGCUACGUCUUUCAGACUAUAAAACUUUUAGUAGACAAACACCAUAAAACAGGAAUGAAUGUUUCAGUGCAUUAUGAGUAACGUCUGUUUCCCCUAUCAUGCUUCACACAGUAUAGCAAGAUAGGCUACAUCUGGUUCAGUGCCAGAGCUUUGUGAUGGAUGGCUUGAUGACAGGAGUUCCUCAGGCUUAUUGCCUCCUUAACGCACCAUCUCAGCCAAGAAUGAAAAAGGUUUACAGAUUACAGGUCCUGUUAACAAAAUGAUUGUUUUAGUUUCAUUCAGUCACACCCUCUAGUUUAGCUGUGUCUAUCUAUUUAGCUUAAAUUUUUAUGACAACAUUUCCCAAUUAGCCAUCUGUCACUCAUACACUACAACUGUCAUCACUUGCAGUGCUCCUGAAGUAGGUUGCCUGCUACAAGAUAUAGACCGCAUACUGGAAUAUAUAAUACUCAGUAUGUAAAUAUAAUGAUCUAACUGUAGUAAAGAUAAUUAUUGUCGUACGACUCAAAUUGACCAAUUAAAUGAUGAAACCGAUUUCAGUGACGUGACAUACAGCCAAGUAUGGUGACCCAUACUCAGAAUUCGUGCUCUGCAUUUAACCCAUCCACAGUGCGCACACACACACCCCCAGAGCAGUUGGUAGCCAUUUAUUCUGUGGCACCCAGGGAGCAGUUGGGGGUUCGGUGCCUUACUCAAGGCACUAUUCAGUCAUGGUAUUGCCAGUCCAAGACUCGAACCCACAACCUAAGGGUAAGGAGUCAAACUCUCUAACCAUUAGGCCGCAACUUUUUAAUGACACUUAUUGCAAAGUAGGAAACAAGCAAACGUCUCAUACCAAGUAUGCACAUUCGCACUCUUCAUUGAAAGGAGUAUUCUAUUUUAAAGAAAGCCAUUCUCAUGUGUUUGUUUUUUUUCUUUCCCCAUCAAGCUCAAUCUUGGCAAAGCUUUGAAAUAAUCACUCGUCAGCUCUGAUUCUUGUUCAUGUUGAUGAGAAACUGUUCAGUUUGUAAAAAGAUGUUUUGAUUAAAAAGUAAUCCUACGCAUUGCGUACUGUAUGUAUAAAUGUUUUGUAUGACAACUGGAAUGCAUGUCUGGAUCAUGUAUAGUCUAUGUUUCAACACAUUAGAAUGUUUCCUUAAAAAGGAAACCAGCCAAAACAUGUCAAAAUACUGGAAUAAACUGACCUUUUACAGUG